UUGUCCUUCGUAGUAUGCUCUUUUUUUGAAAGAGGGCGUUUUUCCAAGACCUCCGGAAUCACGCCCACUUUACGUCGUGGUAACGAAACCCCUGGAAUUUAGCGAAUGCCGAAGUGAAACGUUUGAACUCUGCAAUGAUUUUGCGCAGUGUUAUAAAGAGAGAAGUGCUCUCGUUGCCUUCUGUGUAUAAUUUACAACGGCGUGCUGUAACAGUCCAGAACCUCUGCUUGUCUUCACACAAUGAUGAAGUUCACUUAGCUGAGGAAGCCAGCAAGAAAUAUGGAAGUCCUGCUUCGACCAUAUUUUCCAAAAUAAUUGACAAAUCUAUUCCUGCAGACAUCAUUUAUGAAGAUAGCAAGUGUUUAGCAUUUCGUGACAUCAGUCCCCAGGCUCCUGUGCAUUUCUUGGUUGUUCCCAAAACUCCUAUCCCAAGGAUAAGUGAGGCUCAUGAUGAUGAUGCACCGCUACUUGGAUAUCUCCUGGUGGUAGCAAAAAACCUGGCAAAUAAAGAAGGCUUAAGUGAUGGAUACAGAUUAGUCAUCAAUGAUGGGAAAUAUGGUGCUCAGUCUGUGUAUCAUCUGCACCUUCAUGUACUUGGUGGGCGACAGAUGCAAUGGCCUCCAGGAUAGAUGACCAUAUUAUCUACUAGUGUUAUACCAGGAAGAGAAUAUACAUAUAUGCAGUGUAAAUAUAGUUACAAAAUAUCAAAAACAAUAGAAAUGAUGAUUAAAAAAAUAGUUAAUAGUCAAUGAAAAACAAAGAUUUGCCAGCAUAACCCAGUAAUAAUAAAGUUAAUAAUUUUGUAUAAAUAUAAAUAUAUAUAUAUAAAUAUAUAUAAUUAUAUUUUUUGUUUUUUUUCCCCCACUUUAUAAUUCCUAGAUUGUAUGCUUACUAUCUAUCUAUCUGCCUACUGUAUCUAUCUGCCUAUCUGUCUUGUCUGUCUGUCUGUCUAAAUUCCUAAAUUGUAUGGCUACUAUCAACGUGGAGUGUAACCUCACUGCUUAGUAGUUAAUAUUAUCAUGAAAGUUGCUAUUGGUGCAUUAUAUGUCACUCCACAAGUCUAAACUGCAAAAAGUCAUUACCCUGACCUAGUUUCUUCUGCCAUUAAACCUUCACCAAGCUA